AUGCAGCUAGGUCACGCGUUUGAGCCACGCCUGUCCCAGUGGGGAAAGGCCAGCCUUUACACGUCGCGCAACCGCAGCGGAAUUGGGAUGAAGAAAACGAAGCAUGUGGUAUUUCUGUGCUGCUGGAACUGCAUUAUCAGCCAGUUCUUCCGCUUCCCCAGUUCUGACCAAUUUACAACAGCGCUAUACAACGUACUGCAAGAAUCCCAAAAGGCGUCCGUCUCACGCAUCGGCACAGCUGUCUUGGAAGCAGAUGGACACGAACCUACUCUAGAAGAGAUACCCGACUGGAGUACCGCGGAGCUCAUAGGAAGUGGGGAGACUGUACUUCGCUGCAACAUCAAUGACUUGGACUUUGAGGUGAUGGCAAUUUGGAUCCACUUUGUGAAGAAGCCCGAAAAGCAGUGUUGAACGCUUACUGAUUUACAGGGACGCAUUUUCUUUUACCUUGUUUUUUUUUGCUAGGUAAUUUACUUACAUUACAAAUGUACUAGAAAUGUCAGGAUACAGUGGUUCUUUGCACUCCUACAUCUCUUAGUAAGCCUCUAGAUAAAUCU